AUGUCCAAUUCAAAAAACUGUCAUUCUUCAGAGUCGAAUCAGUCAACAAGUGAUCACUCUACAACUGAUGACUCUAUCGAUGACUCUAUCGAUAACGCUAUUGAAAGCGCACUCGAAAACGCUCUCAAUUCACCUACUUCCGAUUUAAUAUCAUCCUCCGAUUUAGAUUUAUCGUCAUCUUCAUCAGACAGUGACUCUUCUGGUAUCCUAGAUUUAGCCAUAAAUGCAGCCAUCGCACAUUUAAUUGAAGAUCUAGAAAAUCCAUCUUCAUCAACUUCUGAAUCGGAAUCCGAAUCCGAAUCAUCUUCUAGUACCGAACGAUCACCUUCUCCUGAUCAAUCACUUUCUCCACACCAUUCACCUUUUCCUGAAGAAUUCCCUUCUCCUCAAUCUUCACCUUGUCCUAAACCUAAACCUUCUUUCAAACCAUCACUUCAACAUACUCGAAAAAGUUGA